AACAUAUAUUCAUUUUCCGUAAAUUAUAACGAAGAUAACAGCUGCUGAUUAUUUUGACAUUUUCUUUGAUAACACUUAAACAAAACAUAAUAAAUCUUUUUAGAAUAAUAACACAACUUUUCUUUUGACUUGAAUUUUCUUUACAAAUAUAAUAUUCCUAUAAAUUAACGAGCUACGUUCUUGCCAAUCACAUACAUAAUUAGCUUAAACCAAUUUCUCUACAAACCAAACACUUGUUCAUUAUGGCUGCGAAUCCAUUAACAGUUUUGUUCCUUCUUCUAAUCACUCAAAUAUUAUUAUUCAUCAUCUCAACUGCUCAACAAAAUAAUACCACCAAAAUGAUCAGUCUUGACUCUUCAAUCUCUCCUUCAACCAAUAACUCAUAUUGGCUAUCAAAUUCAGGCCAAUUUGCAUUUGGUUUCUACAAACAAGGGAAUGGCUUUGCCAUUGGAAUCUGGUUUGACAAGAUAAAGGAGAAGACAGUCAUAUGGACAGCAAACCGGGAUCAACAGCAGCCACUCCCACAGAGCACAACACUUGUUUUGAAUGAUUUCGCCAACUUUGUUUCCCCUGAUCAGCCUGCUGCCUCAGCUUCACUGCUCGAUUCGGGUAAUUUUGUCCUUUACAACUCAGAUUCAGAGGCCAUAUGGCAGAGUUUUGAGAAUCCAACAGAUACCCUUUUGUCAGGGCAGAUUUUGGAAACAGGAAAAGAGCUUGUCUCAGCUGUCUCCGUGUCAAAUCACUCCUCCGGAGAAUUUCAACUUAUCAUGCAGACUGAUGGUGUUUUGGUUCUAUACCCUGCAAUCAAAGAUCACUUAGAAUAUCAUGCUUACUGGGACACCGGAACUUAUUGGAAAGUACCACCAAAAAUUAGUCUGAGUCUUCGUCCCAAUGGCCAAUUAGAGCUACUCAACUCUACAAGCAAAGCUAGUGUAUACACACUUCACCCUGCAAAUUGGAUACACCCCAUGAACCAUGUUAGCUUUCGUCUAACAAUUGAUGUUGAUGGAAUAUUAAGAUUGUAUUCUCACAGCUUGGUUCAGGUCAAUAGCAGCUGGAAUGUCGAAUGGAAUUCGACUAACAAUAGGUGUGAUCCUACUGGAUUGUGUGGCAUGAAUGCAUAUUGUGUUCUUGAUCAAAAUCAACAACCCAAUUGUACAUGCCUUCCUGGUCUUGAUUUCAUUGAUCAAAGCCAGAAAAGAUUAGGCUGUGAAAGAAAGAGUAAGAUAGAUUAUUGCACAACUAAUUAUCAAUAUAAGGCUUCACUUGUGGAAUUUGAUAAGGUUUUGUGGGAAAACAACUCCUACUCUAUUGUACCAGAGAACAACAGGAUUGAUUGUGAACAAGAUUGCUUGAAUGAUUGUCAAUGCGAAAUUGCUAUGUAUAAAUCCAACACAUGCAGCAAACUAAGGUUGCCAUUGAGAUAUGCCAAACCGGAUCAGGGAAAUAGCGAUGUAAUGACCAUGGUCAAAGUGCUCAAUCAAAGUUCUGAGGCAACCACAACAUGGGUGACGAAUGGAAGAAGUGAACGAGUUCGAAAUAGAUUCCUUAUCAGCAGUGUUGUGUGCAUUGUAUUUUCUUUCAUUUUCCUAUUACUUUCUAUGUUUCUAUGUUGCAGAAGCAAUUUCUACUCUCAUACAAUAGUUUAUAGAGAAUCCAAUAGACAGAUAUUGAAGGUAGAUGAAGUACUAACUGUUCGAUCAUUUACAUUCAACGAGCUUGAAAUAGCUACAAAUUUCUUCAUGGAACCAUUGGGAAAGGGUUCUUUUGGAACGGUCUUUAAAGGAACCUUAAGAUUUCCAGAUGGGGAAAGAGCCAUUGCUGUCAAAAGGCUCGAGAAAGUUGCAGUCGAAGGAGAGGUGGAAUUCUUAAAUGAAAUGAGAUCCAUUGGUAGAACUCACCACAAAAAUCUGGUUCGUCUUCUUGGUUAUUGCCAUGAAAAUUCAAACAGGCUUCUAGUCUAUGAUUACAUGAGCCAUGGAUCAUUAUCAAACUUUCUCUUCAAAUCAGAGACAAAACCACAUUGGAAUGACAGAGUGAAAAUAGCUUUGGGCAUUGCUCGCGGCAUCUUAUAUCUGCAUGAAGAUUGCGAGAAUAAGAUCAUUCAUUGUGACAUAAAUCCCAACAACAUAUUGAUCGAUGAGAAUUGUGAUGCCAAAAUUGCAGAUUUUGGAUUGGCAAAGCUACUGAUGCCAGAUCAAACAAGGACACACACCGGGAUUAGAGGAACGAGGGGGUUCGUGGGUCCAGAGUGGCACAAGGGCCAGCCUAUUACAACCAAAGCUGAUGUUUACAGCUUUGGAAUUGUUCUUUUGGUGAUCAUAUGUUGUCGUCCAAGUGUUGAUGUUAGUGUUCCUGAAAAAGAAGCCAUCUUAGUCAAUUGGGUUUACGAGUGUUUCAUGAAUAAUAAUUCGAAAAGUCUAAUGAUUAAUGAAGAAGUGAACGAGGAAGAGUUUGACAGAUUGUUGAAGAUUGGGAUUUGGUGUAUACAAGAAGAGCCAACAAUUCGUCCUCCUAUGAAGAAAGUAGUGGCCAUGCUGGAAGGAACUCUAGCUAUUCCAAUUCCUCCAUGCAUAGUUUCUUGCAAUGAUUCCUACUCGUAUUUCUUAGAUAUAGUUCAUGCUUAAAUUUGUUUAUAAUGUUGUCAUUGUGCUUUCUUUUUCUAAGAAAGGAAUUAUAUUUGUAGUUUGAUUUCUUUCUUUUUCAUUCUGUGAAGUAAUGAAAGAAAAUGGUAAGAUUUGAGAAUGUGAUGUAGGCAUGAUACAAGUUUAAUUAAUUUGAUGCUGCCUGUUAUAUUGUUCCUAA